CACUGCAAUGGUUUUAUUGGUUUUAUUUUAUUCGAUAUUACAGAUUGCUUCUGACAAGCAGCUGAUAACUUUUCGAUUUUUUAAAUAAUAUAAAUGAUGUUCAAGAUAAAUUUGUUAAUUUUAUUAUUUUUAUUCGUAUUCUUCAACUCAGGAGAAUCAUUAAAAUGUUGGUAUUGUACACCUACAGUUAAGCCGAAAUGUGAGGAUGAAUUUAUAAAAAGCGACGUUAUAGAACAAGAAUGUAACUAUAAUAAUUCUUAUCCAGUUUGUCGAACAAUGAAGUCUUUUCUCUCGAACGGCGAAGUUCGAGUGAUUAUACGCGAUUGUAAUAGAAGAAUUACGUACAGCAAUGACUUUGCCGCACAGUAUAUGAAUUCAACUGGAGAAGCGUAUGUCGUGAAAACGAUUACUUCCUACUGUGACACCGAUUAUUGCAACAGCGCAAAAUCAAUUUAUUCUGACCAUAAAGUAAUAUUUCUUAUAACUGUUUCAUUUUUAUGUGUACUCAAAAGUUUGAAUUAAUAAUUUAUAUUUUAUGAGUGAUUACUUCUAAUGAAUAAAACAUAUUGCCUAAAUAUUCAUUCAAUUUGAAAAAGAAGUAACUUCCUGAUACUUCACUCGAUUAAAUUAAACCAACCUGUAGAAAUUUUCAGAAAAGGAAACCUCUUUCCAUCCACGAAGCAAAUA